CUGCACCGCUCUCGCUCCCUCCGGCUCGCCGCGCCCUCGCUCCCUCUCCUCGCCCCCUCUCUCCCCAGAUCGAGGCUGCUCCGUCCUUUCCACCCCCCCCCGCCUCCCUUUCGCGCCGCGCCCCCCGGCCCCCCGCCCCAGCCCGCGGCGGGACCUCCGGGGUCGAAGGUUCUGGCCCGCCCGCGCCCCUCGCCGCCCCCGCGCACCCCCCGCGCGCCUCCCGCCGGCUCCGGCCGCUCCGCGAUGGAUCGCCUGCUCGCCGGGCGGUGAAGGCAUCCCCGGGACCCGGAGCGCAGCCCGGGAAAGAAACGCACAGUGGUAUUGAUGAGUAGAUCCUUGGGUUUUGAGACUGGCUGAAACGCACCAUGUCUGCUUCCACCCUUUCCUCUGGAGAGUUGUGAAGUGCUCAUGCCUAUAGGGAGGAAGGAUGGCACAUGGGAUUCCUUCUCAAGGCAAGGUUACCAUCACGGUGGAUGAGUACAGCUCCAACCCCACCCAGGCAUUCACGCACUACAACAUCAACCAGAGCCGAUUCCAGCCGCCACAUGUACAUAUGGUCGACCCCAUCCCAUAUGACACUCCAAAACCAGCGGGCCACACGCGGUUUGUCUGCAUCUCAGACACACACUCCAGAACAGAUGGUAUCCAGAUGCCUUAUGGGGACAUCCUUCUCCACACAGGCGAUUUCACCGAGCUGGGACUGCCCUCAGAGGUUAAGAAGUUUAAUGACUGGUUAGGAAACCUGCCGUAUGAAUAUAAAAUAGUGAUUGCUGGGAAUCAUGAACUGACAUUUGAUAAGGAAUUCAUGGCAGACCUUGUUAAACAGGACUACUACCGUUUCCCCUCUGUGUCCAAAUUGAAACCAGAGGACUUUGACAACGUUCAGUCCCUCCUGACAAACAGUAUUUACUUACAAGACUCGGAGGUAACAGUGAAGGGAUUCAGGAUAUACGGUGCACCUUGGACCCCGUGGUUUAAUGGAUGGGGCUUUAACCUGCCCAGAGGUCAGUCUCUGCUGGACAAGUGGAACCUCAUCCCUGAGGGCAUUGACAUACUCAUGACACACGGACCUCCUCUAGGUUUUCGAGACUGGGUUCCGAAGGAACUUCAGCGAGUGGGCUGCGUGGAGCUUUUAAACACAGUCCAGAGGCGAGUCCGGCCCAAACUCCAUGUGUUUGGUGGCAUCCAUGAAGGUUACGGCAUUAUGACCGACGGUUAUACAACGUACAUCAAUGCCUCAACGUGUACAGUCAGCUUUCAACCGACCAACCCUCCAAUUAUAUUUGACCUUCCAAACCCACAGGGUUCCUGAAGCUCCAAAUGCCCAAUUGGAAAGUGAGGGAAGGUCUAAAAACUGCCAUUUUUCUAAUUAUAAAUUUACAUUCUCUUCCUUGUUUAUUUCCAGAUCCUGUGAGUUCUUUUUGUAAAUUGCUGGAACACAAA